UCGGAGCAGUUUCGGACGACGUCACAGAAGGUGGCCCGCCGGUUCUGGUGGCGCAAUGUGAAGCUGCUCGUGGUCCUCGGCCUCGUGGGCGCCAUCAUCCUCGUCAUCAUCAUCCUCCUGGCCACCGGCGUCAUCCCCACCUAG